AAAACAGCAACAACAAAAAAACAAAAACAAAACAAAAACAAACAAAAAACAAAAAAAAAAAACAAAAAAACAAGAGAGAAGAAAGGUUCUAUUGUGAAAGAGGGAUUGGGUGUAGCAGAAGCAUUGAAGACGAAGAUGGUGUCGGUGCUGCCGUAUGCAGAUGUUGAUUCCAGUUUGAGGGCCCUUGCUGGUUCCGCCGAGGGCUUCGGCCGCCACGCCAUCGGUGGCCUCCACGGUUCUCUCUAUAUCGUCACCACCCUUUCAGACGAUGGUCCAGGGUCCCUUCGCCAGGGGUGUCGUGAAAAGGAGCCACUGUGGAUUGUUUUUGGAGUCUCCGGUACAAUUCACCUUUCGUCGUACCUGAGUGUGUCAUCUUACAAAACAAUAGAUGGCCGAGGGCAGAGGAUAAAACUAACUGGAAAGGGCUUAAGGCUGAAAGAAUGUGAGCACAUAAUUGUAUGCAACCUUGAGUUUGAGGGUGGUAGGGGUCAUGAUGUCGACGGCAUUCAGAUAAAACCAAAUUCCAGGCACAUAUGGAUAGAUCGAUGCAGCCUUCGUGAUUACGAUGAUGGGCUUAUAGACAUUACAAGACAAAGCACAGAUAUUACUGUAUCUAGAUGUUACUUUGCGCAGCAUGACAAGACCAUGCUGAUCGGAGCUGAUCCAUCCCAUGUUGGUGAUAGGUGCAUCCGGGUAACAAUUCAUCAUUGUUUCUUCGAUGGAACACGGCAAAGACAACCUCGUGUGAGAUUUGGAAAAGUUCAUCUGUACAACAACUACACCAGAAAUUGGGCUAUAUAUGCUAUUUGUGCUAGCGUCGAAUCUCAGAUAUACUCCCAGUGCAACAUAUAUGAAGCAGGAGCUAAGAAGAAGACUUUUGAAUUUUAUACCGAGAAGGCGGCAGAUAAGGAAGUGCCGAGGUCUGGAACUAUUGUAUCUGAAGGAGACAUGCUUCUGAAUGGUGCUCAACCAUGCUUACUAACACGAAACAAUGAAGAACCAAUGUUCCAUCCAAGUGAAUACUAUCCAACAUGGACAAUGGAAUCAGCUGACCACUCUCUCAGAGAGAUCCUCCAGUUGUGUUCAGGUUGGCAAUCCAUUGCUAGGCCAAAAGAUAAUCUGGUUCCCAAUUAAGGUUAAUUGCAUUUACAGGAUUACACCUUCUGGUUUGUGUCACGGUUUCGUUAAUGGUUCUUUAAUCUUUAUAGAGUCUAAUACUGCUAACAUCACUCUUGUAUACAUAAACAUGCGUUGUGCUUGACACUACUUUUCGUUAUCUGUAUCUAUCACUAUUCAAUUUUCAUUAGUGAAGACAUAAUAUAUAAGAUGAAUUUUGAGGUCAGA